AGCUGCUCCGCCCCCACAACCCACAAGUGCAUUUCAUCUUCUUCUUAAGCUAAAGCCUCAGCGUUGGAUUAAACGUGCGUACGCAACUCUCCCCGCCCAUUUCUUCUUUCUUUCACAAUGAUUGAGCUGAGUAACAUGCAUCCCCACCAGCAACCACCAAACACGGCGGCGGGUGGCCGCAUGAUCCACAGGUACGAGCGGCGGCAGCAAUUCAACUUGGGAUUGAUCCGGCAGUUCUGCGGAGCCCUCUUCACCUCAAUCGUCAUCUUCACCCUCAUUGGCCUCAUUGCCUGGGCGGUUCUCCAGCCCCUCCCGCCCAGCUUCGUCCUCGAACACACUACCCUCUCCUCCUACAACCUCUCCAUCCCCGACCUGAUUUUCUCCCCCACCCUCCAGGUGAGGAUCUGGUACCACAACCCAAACCGCCGGAUCGAAAUAUACUACGACAAGCUAAAGGUGUACGCCGCCUACUAUGACCGCCAGGUCACCCAAAGCGCGGACAUCCCGCCAAUAUACCAGGGGGACAAUGACACGAACGUCUUGUCCCCCACUCUUUUGGGGAACAACAGCAUCCUUAGCUACUACGUCGUCCCCAACCUCCUCAGGGACCAGGACGACGGCGCCUUCUGGAUCGCCGUCAAGAUCGACGGCAGGGUCAUGUUUCGGGUCGGGGACUUCGUAUCCGAGCCUUUCCAUCUCCACGUCUCCUGUCCCGCUCACAUUCCCUUCUUCCCCAACUCCUCCCGGGGUAGCGGGUUUGUGGUGGGCCCAAAGGCCGCCGCCAAGUACCCGCUCUCCCGCACCUGUGCCGUUAGCGUCCCAACAAUUAUACGGAGAAUACUUCAAAUUAUAAAGGAGUGAAUAACCAUAUAUACGGAGUAUCAAUUAACAACUAGCUAGACUCACGAUCGAGUACUAUAAGUUUUUUUUAAAAAAAAAAUCAUAGCUUCCCUCUUUAUAUUUAAUUUUCACGUGUUUAAUUAUUAUUAUUACUCCUUCCGUCAUGAUCUUCCCGGUUCGCAAAACGAAGAAAAAUCCUAAGUUUUU